CGUCGCCAUCUUGAAGCGAGUCGGACGCGUUGCUGUUCGCCUCUUCUCGCUCUCUCUCUGUGGAAGAUCUUUUUUUUUUUUUUAUUUAAACAGUUUCUAUAGGUUAAGAUAGGAUGGCGCAGUUUGGUGGUGGGAAGGCGCCUCCACCUUGGCAACAGAGAUCCCAAACAACGCCUCAGCUGCAGCCUUCUCUCUUGGGUCAGCACCCGUCGGCCCCAAGUCAGCAGCUGGUCUUGGGGGCAGCCCCUCAACAGCCCCAGUAUGCCCCCGUUCAGCAGAGCAUGAUCCAGCCCCCAGGGUUGGGAGGUCUCCAAACCCUGGGCCAGCCAGCCAUCACUCAGCAGACCAUCGGCCAGCCCAAUACGGGGGGCAGCCUCAUGGGCCAACCCCCCAUGACCAGCCAAGCGCUGCAGCCCCCCAGCCUGGUCAACCCCACACAGAUCACCAAUUCACAAAUGCAACCGCAAAUACAGCCUCAGAUACAACCACAGGUGACAGCUGUGACCUACCCAGCUCCGAGGGCUUUGGCUCCUCCCGGUGCUUUCAACCCCGCAGCCACCCCGAGCAACAUGGGGAACAACAUCGCCACCAACAUACAAACCAACAUACAAAAUAGUAUAGCCAGCACCAAUGCAGCACAGCAACCACAGAAGCAGAGGGUGUUCACGGGAACAAUAACAAAGCUGUGCGCGGAUUUUGGCUUUGUUGACGAGGAUGUCUUUUUUCAGACAAGCUGCGUAAAAGGCCAGGCUCCUAAAGUAGGGGAUCGCGUGCUCGUGGAAGCUACCUACAACCCCAAUAUGCCUUUCAAGUGGAACGCCAAUCGUGUCCAAGUCAUUCCCGGGCCGACAGGAACCCCUUCGCAGAACCAGAGUCGUACGGGCCCACCGGCGAGAGAGAUAAAUAGCAGAGGGGGCUCGUAUAAUGCUGUCCCUCCCCCCAAUUUUAGUAGUGAGAGCCAAGGAGCCAACUUCGGGCCCCGGGGAACGAUCGGGCCGAGGCCGAGGUCCCCGCGGAGAGACCGGAGAGAGGAGCGGAGCAGAGCCUCUAGGGACGGAGAGCGCGACCGCGGCGAGAAGGACAAGGAGGAGAAGAGGGAAAACCGCAAGCGCAGCAGAAGCAGAGGAAGAUCCCGGUCACCCCCCAGACGGAGGCUCAGGGUGGUCCCUCGGUACAAUGUACAAGUCCCCAAGAUUCUGUUACACAUGAAAGAAGCCAACGUAUUGGAGCUCAAGAAACGGUACAGCAACUUGUACAUCCCGUCUGACGUGUUCCUGGCUCGGCCUCUGUGGUCGGACACGUUCCCUGCUCACAGGUCCUUCCAGUUCCCCCGACCGGUCUCCUUCCACAUCAUGAACAAAGAGGUAGAGCCCGUCCUGGAGAAUGACGCAAUCUAUGACGCCCCAGAUGCCAACCACAGUUUUGCAGCCAAGGUCAUGCUGAUGGCGGUCCCAGCAAUCGAGGACAUCUUCCGGAGAUCGUGCGCGCUGAGCGAGGACCCAAGCGACAUCCGAGAGUGCUUUGUCCACCCGACGCGGCUCAUCAACUUCCUGGUGGGGCUGAAGGGCAAGAACGAGACGAUGGCCAUAGGGGGGUACUGGAGCCCCUCGUUGGACGGAGCCAGUCCCGACAGAGACCCAAACGUACUCAUUCGCACUGCCAUCCGCACCUGCAAGGCACUGACAGGCAUUGACCUGGCAGGGUGCACGACCUGGUACCGGUUUGCGGAGAUUUACUAUCGCCGAGGAGAGUCUACACACAAGGGCCGGAGCACGCCUGCCCGGGUUGAAACCACUGUACUAUUUCUCCCAGAUGUUUGGAACGUUUGCCCCACCAAACUGGAGUGGGACGGCCUCCACCUCAACUAUAAACGGCAGCUGGACAAGAAGCUCUCCUCCUCGGCAGGAUGCCAGCAGCAGCCAGAGGACCAGGAGGAGGAGGAGGAAGACAAGGAGGAUCAACCCAAGAAGAAGGACCCAAGCCAUUAUACUACGCUAGACCCAAAGAGUAUGAAGGUUGUUGAACUUCGCUCAGAGUUGGAUGCCCGGAUGUUGAACAGUAAGGGUCUCAAAUCACAGCUCAUUGCCCGGUUAACAAAAGUGAGUACAUGGCAUAGUCAAGGCAUUGUCAUCUUU